GUUUGAAUCUGCAGGGAAGGGGAGGAGUCAGCGGCAAUGUGGUGAAACGGACACAGAAAGUGGCACAACCUCUCACUACUACUCCUGCCCGCAGUACAAAGACGCGUCUGUCUGUACGGAGCCAAGAGACCACGGGCACACGGGCUGCCAACUCAGGGCACAGACGGGCAGCCAGCCCCGGAGACUGGGAGAUUGGUCAGCGGGCAGAGGCCGGGCUGUUCCCGGCUACAGGUCAGAUGGCAGGAUGAGCAGGGACGUGGGACGUGCCAUUGUCUGCAGUGCCAGGCUCCAGACACAAUGACGGCUGACAGACGGAUGGCUGCUGGCAGUGCCACCUGCCCGUACCGGGGGCUUUCCCCGUCUUCUCAGUGAGCCUGCUACUACCUCCAGCUCAACUUGCGUUUCCCGUCCGCCUCUCAGGUUACCGCAAGGUGUGCACAGUACAGAGGUCCUGUCAUCAGAUGCUGCCCGGCCCCCAUAGGAGAAGCUGAUCGCACAGUCCUUGUAUAUCGCUGACACAUCGCACCGAUGGAGGCGGCGGCGGCCGGGGCGGUGAAAGCCAGAAGUGCCAGCAAAGGGAGCGGAGAUAGGGGGGUCGCCAGCCCGAGCCCCGGGUGCCUGGCACUGACUGGAUGUGGGCACAGCUCCCCUCCCUGCCCGGAGGGCCAGCAGCAGUACAAGUUGGAUGACUUUGACACUGUGGCUACUGUGGGAACUGGAACGUUUGGGAGGGUCCAUUUAGUGAAAGAGAAAACGGCAAAGCACUAUUUUGCACUAAAAGUCAUGAGCAUUCCCGAUGUGAUUCGCCUAAAACAAGAGCAGCACGUGCACAAUGAGAAGUCUGUCUUGAAGGAAGUGAACCAUCCAUUUUUAGUCAGACUGUUUUGGACCUCGCAUGACGAUCGCUUUUUAUAUAUGCUGAUGGAGUAUGUACCCGGAGGAGAACUUUUUAGCUACUUGCGCAACAUGGGACGUUUUAACAACAGCACAGGACUCUUUUACUCUGCGGAGAUCAUAUGUGCAAUAGAAUACUUGCACUCCAAAGAAAUAGUUUACAGAGACUUGAAGCCUGAAAAUAUAUUGCUGGACCGGGAAGGUCACAUCAAACUUACAGAUUUUGGAUUCGCGAAAAAGCUUUCAGACAGGACUUGGACGCUGUGUGGUACACCAGAAUACCUGGCACCUGAAGUCAUACAGAGCAAAGGUCACGGGAGAGCAGUGGACUGGUGGGCACUAGGUAUUCUAAUAUUUGAAAUGUUGUCUGGGUUCCCCCCGUUUUUUGACGACAAUCCCUUUGGAAUAUAUCAGAAAAUUCUGGCCGGCAAGAUCGAUUUUCCUAGACAUUUAGAUUUAUAUGUGAAAGACCUGAUAAAGAAGUUGCUCGUUGUAGACCGCACUAGGCGUCUAGGUAACAUGAAGAAUGGAGCAGAAGAUGUUAAACGUCACCGGUGGUUUAGGUCUAUAGACUGGGAUGCUGUGCCGCAGCGAAAAUUAAAGCCUCCUGUAAUGCCAAAAGUAUCCCAUGAAGGCGACACAUCAAAUUUUGAAGCUUAUCCUGAAGACGAUUGGAACAAAGCCCCCCCUGUAUCGCCAAAGGACUUAGAAAUGUUUAAGAAUUUCUAAAGUGAGUCUGCAAAAUCCCGAGCUGGGACAUGAUGUUAACAUGAGCAACUGUGAAGGCUGAAGCCUCAGUACAAACAGAAGAUACCUCUGAUAGACACGAUCAAAAGAGCAACAAGCCAUUGACCUUUCUAUUAGAUUGGAGAGAGUGCACAAUUUCAACGAUGACAGGAACAUUCCAGUACCCAGAGUCCUUUAGUACUAGAACAUGUGAUGAUGUUGGCUUGACCGCCAACCGUAGCGCGAGAUCAACCCUGCAUCUUCUGAUGGACAAUGCAGCAUGGUCACGGACCAUUUGGAUACAUGGACUGUUUUAUGCCAUUAUCCAGCUGUGACAGUUCUGCUACUACAGCUUUAUUAGUAGAUUUGGCAUUAAUGUACUUGUACUAAUUAGGUGCGGAAAGGGAAUGUAUUUUGACCCGGGCAUAGACGGUUUUGUGUAUUAUACAAAUCAUCAGUUUGCUAUUUGUAAAAUAUAUUCAUGGCUGAUCCGCCCCCCCCUUCCCAUUCACUUCUGUUUAAAAUAUAUGCAGCAAAAGCUCAGUAAUGAAGAAGCACAGGCACAUUUUGAAACAGUAGUUGGACCAUUACUUAAAAGCAUUGCCGAGCUUCAGGGCCUUUUCCUUGGCACAUAUCGUACUUGAAUAUUAUUAAUAGCUUUCAUGUAGGAAAGUUCAGUGCCGACCGCAUGUAAUGUGUGACAGGUACUUGUCUAAGCUUAAGAAAUUACCUUAUUUCACCAUUAUUUGUUCCAA